UUUAAAAUUUUCGAAUGUUUGCACCAAAGAGUUAUUAAUCUGCAAUCGAUUUAGGUGAAUAUUCUCUCCUUUUCCAUGUAAUACGCGGUACAGAUAGAUAUAAGACCCCCACUUUCCGAUAGGGUUUCAAAUAUCCCCUCUCAUUGCCCUUCACUUCUCUUCUCAAUUUAUCAACCCAUUUGGCGUAUGCAGAUUCUUGAAUAUUUUGAAUCGGGGUUUUUGUGGGUUCAGUUUACAAUUUUAUUUUUUCUUGGCAUAAAUAUAAGAAGUAAAAGAUUCUUGAAUAUCAAUAUUUUCUGUUUCGGCAAUCUUGAGUCUGGUUUCAAAUUUUUGUAUUAUGGGUCUUUAAGAAUUUGAUAUUUCCUAGUUUUCUAUCAAUUGUAAUCCCAAGGGUCUGUUUGAUUUUUAUCACAUUUUCUUGUACCUAGGGUUGUUGAUUUGGCAAGAAGAGAAUUAGUUUUUGCCCUUUUCUACUGUAAUCGCGCUUUAUUGAAUUUUGGUUCUCACUUUUGAAGAUUUUUUUGGAAAUUGUAUUUUUCACAUGUAAACUAGGAAAUGCCAGCGACAGAUUAUCAACAGACAUCAUCGCCAACAUCAUCUUUUCCAAGCUUAGGAUUUUCCAUUUUUAGCAGACGCCGUGAUCAGGUCCAUUCUAUGGACCCUACUCAUGAAGCCACUGGCCAUGAAAAUGAAUUGGAAGCCUUCCAAAAACAUGUGGCCGAGAGGUUUCAUGAAUUGUCAGCGGCAGACUCCAAUGAGUUGCUCUCAAUUCCUUGGAUUCACAAGCUUUUAGAUGCAUUCCUCUGUUGCCAAGAGGAAUUUGGUGUUAUUGUUUACCAGAAUCGAGGUUUCUUCAGUCGAGCCCCCAUGGAUCGAUACAUUUCCGAAUUCUUUGAGAGAAAUGUCAAGGCUUUAGAUGUUUGUAAUGCGAUUCGUGAUGGCAUUGAACAGAUCAGGCAAUGGAAGAAGCAGUUGGAGAUUGUUUUAUGUGCAUUGGACAAUCAACAGAGCAUUGGGGAAGGCCAAUUUCGACGUGCUAAAAAGGCCCUGAUUGAUUUGGAUAUUGCAAUGGUGGGCGAAAAAGAGUCGAAUUCGACUCUUGCACAUAGAAAUCGAUCCUUUAGACGAAGCGAUGUGCAGAGGGAGCACAAUUCUUCUGCCCAUUUCCGAUCCCUGUCGUGGAGCGUUUCCAGAUCUUGGUCUGCUGCUAAGCAGUUGCAAGCAAUUGGCAACAACUUGGUUGUGCCACGGACAAAUGAGAUUUCAGCCACUCAAGGACUAAACGUGGCUGUUUUUACCAUGAAUUACGUGCUUUUAUUUGUGAUGUGGGCGCUUGUGGCUGCAAUCCCCUGUCAAGACCGCGGUCUUCAGACACAUUUUUCUGUGACUAGGCAGUUUGUUUGGGCCAUUCCGAUUCUCUCACUCCACGAGAAGAUUCUGGACGAGUCGAAGAAACGGGACAGGAGAAAUGCUAGUGGAUUGUUGAAGGAGAUUCACGAGAUUGAAAAAUGCACGAGACGAAUGAAUGAAUUGGCUGAUUCUGUUCAAUUCCCCUUGACUGAGGAAAACGAAUGGGAAGUGAAGCAGAGAGUUCAGGAGUUUGGAAUAGUGUUUAAAGCAGUAAAAGAUGGUUUGGAUCCAUUAGAGCAUCGGGUUAGAGAAGUGUUUCACAGGAUUGUGAGCAGCAGAACUGAGUGUCUCGCUUCUAUUGGACAAGCAAAUAGUAACGAUUGAUACAAUUUGGGCUACUUAAGAAAAGAUGGUGAACGGUACCAGUAGAAACUGAAGAACGCUCAAUUUGAGGCCUAUUUGCUGAUCAAAAGUAGUAAACGAAUUGAGGCAGGGCUUAUGCUGCUACUGUAUCAUGUAUGCUCUUGAACUGUUCGAAUAUUCAUCAGCAAUGGCUUUGUGUUCACUUCAAAUUUGUUCCACGUCUUCACGAGGCUUGCAUUUUAUAUGGAUGGAUCGUUAUGGAGAAGUGCAGUGAAUAGGUUGACAGCUGGUAAAAAACUUUGUCUAAUCUUAUGACAUGAAUACUUGUACACAUAACACAUAUCAUCGAGGCAUACCUGAUUAGCCAUUCCUUGCAUCAGAUUCUGCUUAUGGGGGUCUUUUCUAGCUAGCUUUACAUUUAUUGAAAACCGGGCUUUGUUAUUGUUUGUUAUAUGUUUUGCUAAAGAGUGGUGCAAUUGAGGCCUAUUUGACAUGAUGAAAUGAGACAAGCUUGUGCUGCUGUUCUAUAUUCUUGAAAUGUUUGAAUGGUGAUCAAGAAUAAAGCGGUUUUAUCUAAUAGCUUCAUUUGUGCUGCCUUGUUUAGGCUUGCAUUUGUAUAUCAAUUUUUUCUAUUGCCGAAGAACUAUUAUUCAGGUUAUUACACGAAGUCAUGGAAUGGUCGCUAAACUUUACUUGCAGAAAUUGACAGUAGGAACGAAGAAGAAAUAAAUCUAAAAACGGUUGCUUACAUAGUAGGAUGAGCAUUUUUUUGUGUUACACUUCUCAUUCUAGGUAACGCCCCACCCCAACCAACUACACAACCUACUUGGUAAGGUUAUAGAAAUAGUAAAAUAAUAUGUUGAAGGGAAAUUGUAGUCCCCUUGCAGAUAACAAGAAUUUUGAUCCCUUGAAGUUGCUUUUCCAA